GCUCCCUCAGUCAGCGUCGAUUUAAAAAGUGAGCAGUCUUCUGGGGUGAGGGGCAGAAUGAAAAAUAUGGAUAGAAAUGUUAGUAGAAAGACAGACAAAACAGAAAUGCACAGAAUGUGAAUUUACACAGAAAUUCAUUUACAGUGAAGCUCCUGAACAGCAAUCACAUUGUCAGUGAUUUUAACAAUAAGUGCUGGAAUAUUCCCAUCAGUUCACAAGUGCAGAUGAGCAUCAGACCAUCAGGAAAAAUUAAAGUUUAUUAAAGAGGACAGAGAGAACAUGAGUGAUCCAGAACCCUGCAGAUUGCAACACAUUGAAGAUACUGAAGAACAAACAGAGUUGGUUGAAGAAAACGAGGAUAAUGAAGAAUUAAGUGAAGAUGAGGAGAAAAGAGGUGCUAAGAAAUCUUUCAGCUGCACUCACUGUGAGAAGAGUUUCACAUACAAACACAGUCUUAAUGUUCACAUGGGAGUUCAUACUGGAGAGAAACGGUACAAGUGUUCACACUGCGACAAGAGAUUCAGUUGGUCAGGACACCUGAAAGCACACGAGAGGAUUCACACUGGAGAAAAACCUUACCAGUGUUCACACUGCGACAAAAGAUUCAGUCGGCCAGGAGUCAUGAAAACGCAUGAAAGGAUUCACACGGGAGAGAAACCAUAUGCAUGUGAUCAGUGCGGGAAGAGUUUUACACAAAAAGGACAACUUACGGCACAUAUGCGGGUUCAUACGGGAGAGAAACCAUUCACUUGUGAUCAAUGUGGGAAGAGAUUUGCACACUCGGCGCACCUUAAGGUACAUAUGAACAUUCACACUAGAGAGAAUGUGUGCAUAUGUGAUCAAUGCGGCAAAAUGUUUUUGCGGGCUUCAGAUCUGGCGAUGCACCUGAAGGUUCAUACAAAGGAGAAGCCACAUUCAUGUGACUUGUGUGGAAAAAGUUUUUCAUGUCUACAAAAUUUAAAAGUACAUCAGAAAAUACAUACUGGUGUGAAAGAGUACAUGUGCUUUUCAUGUGAGAAGACUUUUAUUUCAGCGAACAAUUUAAAACUGCAUGAGAGGAUCCACACUGAAGAAAGACCUUACGAGUGUUCACACUGUGACAAGAGAUUUAGUUGGCCAAGAACCUUGAGAAGACAUGAGAGGAGUCACACUGGAGAGAAACCUUAUAAGUGUUCACACUGUGACAAGAGAUUCGGUGGGUCAGGAAUCCUGAAAAAACAUGAGCUGAUCCACACUGGAGAGAAACCUUACAAAUGUUCACACUGUGACAAGAGAUUCAAUCUGGCAGAAAACCUAAAACGACACGAGAUGAUCCACACUGGAGAGAAACCUUUUAAGUGUUCACACUGUGACAAGAGAUUCAGUCAGAGAGCAAAUCUUAUAAUACAUGAGAGGAUUCACACAGGAGAGAAACCUUACAAAUGUUCACACUGUGACAAGAGAUUCAGUGAUUCAAGAGAUCAAAAAAGACAUGAGAGGAUCCACACUGGAGAGAAACCGUAUCAAUGCACUAUAUGUGGGAAGCGUUUCAAUAAUUCAUCUGCUCUACGCAGUCAUACAAAAAAUGUUCACAGAUCAUCUUCAGAUUCAUAACUUUCAGGUCUGAUGUCACGUCCUCACCAAAUGCACAACAAUAAUGCAUCAAGCAAUACAAUAUCAUCUGGAUAAAUCUGUCCUAACCAGCCAUUACAAGCCACAUGACAUGCCAAGCCAACAUUAUCUGAAGUUUUGACAGCGAAUAUAAGUUCAUUGUCAUCUUCAAAUCCAGCACGUUUAACUGUGAGAUUCAGACCAACUCAAAGAUGGAGUUCCUCCCCAAAGAACAAUGUCAAAAACUUUUACUCUUGUGUGUCAUUUUGUUUCAUGAUAUAAAGGAUAUGAUUGUGCUUUCUUAUAAGUUUCAUAUCAUGUUCAAACGAUUCUUGUUCAGGAAGCUGGCAAAGAAGCAGCAACACUUUACGGAGAUUAAGUUUUAAUUUCAACACUGUUGAGGCUUGAUGUAUGUAGAAAGAUGCAGAUGCAAGAUAUAGGGGCUGUCUACACAGAGACGCAUUUAGCUGUAUCAUAAAAAUUUUGUAUGAUAUAGGUGUUUCAUCCAGACGGAAACUGCUUUUUUUUUUUUAAAGUGGAUAAAUCUGAAAACAGCACCCUUGCGUUUUUGUGUGUAUAGGCAAUCCGUAUGUUUUGUGAAACGAUGAUGUCAUCACCCCACGUCUCAACCCUAGUCAGACACUGCUACAUCACAUAACAACAACAUGUCAUGAACAAACAAUGAACGACUGUAUUUUUAAUAACUAACAUUAACACAGAUUAAUAAUUAGUGUAAUAAAUGCAUUGUUCCAUGUU